AUGGGAAGAGGGGCUAGUGAUACACGUCAAGGGGCCAGUGAUACACGUCAAGGGGCCAGUGAUACACGUCAAGGGGCCAGUGAUACACCUCAAGGGGCCAGUGAUACACCUCAAGGGGCCAGUGAUACACCUCAAGGGGCCAGUGUUACACCUCAAGGGGCCAGUGAUACACCUCAAGGGGCCAGUGAUACACCUCAAGGGGCCAGUGAUGCACCUCAAGGGGCCAGUGAUACACCUCAAGGGGCCAGUGAUGCACCUCAAGGGGCCAGUGAUGCACCUCAAGGGGCCAAUGAUGCACCUCAAGGGGCCAGUGAUACACCUCAAGGGGCCAGUGAUACACCUCAAGGGGGCAGUGAUACACCUCAAGGGGGCAGUGAUACACCUCAAGGGGGCAGUGAUACACCUCAAGGGGCCAGUGAUACACCUCAAGGGGCCAGUGAUGCACCUCAAGGGGCCAGUGAUACACCUCAAGGGGCCAGUGAUGCACCUCAAGGGGCCAGUGAUGCACCUCAAGGGGCCAGUGAUACACCUCAAGGGGCCAGUGAUGCACCUCAAGGGGCCAGUGAUACACCUCAAGGGGCCAGUGAUACACCUCAAGGGGCCAGUGAUGCACCUCAAGGGGCCAGUGAUACCACUGCACCACAACUAUGGUUACUAACAUCUUUACACUGCACCACAGAUGGUCUCCAAGCACAAGCAAGAAACGGAGCUGAUUCACACAAAAAUGCAGAACUGAGUACACAUAUGUGA